UUAUAAUUAUUCAGUAGAUGCCGGACAAUGGUGGCAAACGUAUCAUUUAUACUUUUCAGUUUAUUUAUUGCGCAUACUUGUGCGCAAGUUUCUUUGGACGAUUUAAUUGGAAUAGUUUUUUAUAAUAACACACCCACGAGACUAGAAACUACAACUCAAAAAAUUCAAACUGUACCAACAAAAGCUACGGGUGUUUACAAAUCAUGUGGUCCCGAUAAGGAGUGUGUACCUAGACAUUUGUGUGUUGAUGGUGCUAUAAGUACAACCGGCGAAAACUUGUUUGAUAUUCGUAGCUAUGGUGAAGUCUGCAGUUAUAGUGAAUUAUGCUGUGAUAUACCCAAUAAGAGAGACAAACCCGUAGUACCUCCCUUCCCCAAAGAACGUCACGAGGGUUGUGGUUGGCGUAAUACUGAUGGCAUCGGUUUUACGAUCACUGGUGACACUAACAACGAAUCGCAAUUUGGUGAAUUCCCCUGGAUGGUAGCCAUUCUCCAUACUGAAGAUGCUGGGGAUGUAAUAAUUCAUUUAUACGACUGUGGUGGUUCAUUGAUUGCUCCAAAUGUUGUCAUGACCGCUUCACAUUGUGUAUAUAAUCGCAAAGCCCAGCAAUUGGUUGUACGUGGUGGUGAAUGGGAUACACAAAAUGAAAAUGAAAUUCUUAUCCAUGUAGAUAAACGUGUUAAGGAAAUCAUUGUCCAUGAAAAUUAUAACAAAGGUGCUCUUUACAAUGAUGUAGCUCUUCUCAUUCUGGAAGAUGAUUUUGUUUGGCAGGAAAACAUUCGACCCAUUUGCUUGCCCGAACCUAAUGCAAAUUUCGAUGGCAGCCGUUGUUAUGCUACCGGCUGGGGUAAAGACAAAUUUGGUCGUGAUAGUGUUUACCAAGCGAUUUUGAAGAAAAUCGAACUGCCAGUAGUUCCUCAUGCCACCUGUCAAAAAUACCUGCGUGAUACUCGCCUCGGUUAUUACUUCAACUUGCAUGAAAGUUUCAUAUGUGCCGGUGGUGAAAAGGGUAAGGAUACCUGUAAGGGUGAUGGUGGUUCUCCUUUGGUUUGUCCAAUACCUGGUGUAAAAGAUCGUUACUAUCAAGCUGGCAUUGUUGCCUGGGGUAUUGGUUGUGCUGAAGAAAAUGUUCCCGGUGUUUAUGCAAAUGUGGCAUACUUACGACCCUGGAUUUUAGAAAAACUAGCUGCUAGAGGAAUACCAUUUGCCUCCUUUACCCCUUAAGUGUUAAUUAUUAUUUGUAAAAUAAAAGUUAAAGUUGAUGUAAAUUAUAGAAAAA